UCAAAUGAUUUAAAGUCACGUAACCCUAAACUACAUAUAGUUUAUAUGACUCAGACGAAAUGAAGAUUUGUAAUUAGACCAAGUCAACUUCAGGAGCACCAAUUGUCCCUCCACACAUUUCUUGGGUAUAACAUUUUUCUGUGAGACAGAAUCUUUCUCCAGUUUCACUUUCCUUGUUUCCAUAAAUCUGAUUUUUCCCUUCUGCAAUCUUAAAUAUUGUGCUGUAAAGAAAAUUUUGGCAUCAAUCCAUGUGGCUUAGCCUCGGAGUGCGUGUAGCAUGUAAACAAUUUGCAAUCCCUGGAAAAAAGGCAUGGUUUUCAUGUUUCUGAAAGAGAAAAAUAUGAUAUUUGGCUAGGACUUUUGAUGGGUUUUUUUUCGUGAGAAUGAAAAUUCUGGUGACGCUUGACCUGGGUUUUCAUCUGGGUUUUCUUUUCUUUUUUUUUCCCAUCUAGAUACCCAGUUUUAGGAUUUUAAGGCCCCUUGAACCUCUUGUCUGAUAGCCCAGUCCUUUGAAUUUUAGCAUAGAAUAUGGUCUGCCUCUUUUUCUGUGCUAAUCAUGAGAUCUAUGGAUUGCAAGGGAAUCAGAGCGCAAUUUCUGUGCUAGAAUAAGUAUUUUUUGACAUGGGAAGUUAUUGAAUUUAAUGCUUCAUAACAUGUAGUUUUGUUUGCUGAUGGAUUUACUUCGUAGCAAUAAGUCUAGAACUGCUGGAGAAAAGAUAUAAACUACGGAAGCUCCCGAGAUUGCACUCGAGAUGGAGAUUUCUGUGAAGAAGCCUGAAAUUGUUGAAGAGGAGGGGGAGAUAGGGGAAAAUAGAGAGGUGGAGGAAGAGCAAAGUUGUAGUAGUAAUGGGCCCAUUUCAUGGAAUACUGGUUUUAACUCGCGCAAAAGGUCUGCCUCAAGUGGAGAUGAGCGUAAUGAUUUUGUUGAUGAGUCUAAUAGAGUAGGCAUGCAGAGGAGUUCCAGCACUGGUAAUGUUGAGGGAAGAGUAAGACAGUAUGUUCGUUCCAAAAUGCCUCGCCUUCGUUGGACUCCAGAUCUGCAUCAUUCUUUUUUGCAUGCCGUUGAGCGUCUAGGUGGCCAAGCCAGAGCGACACCUAAGUUAGUACUACAGCUUAUGGACGUGAAGGGAUUGACUAUUGCCCACGUUAAGAGCCACCUGCAGAUGUACAGAAGCAUGAAAAAUGAUGAGAAUUGUCAAGAAAUAGGGCAGACGCAGAGGUUCAUGGAAGGAGGACAAGAGCAUAUUACAGACUGCUUCUCUCUUUCUAGAUCAAUUAAAACAGCCGGCAUACAGCGGUAUGAAAAUGAGAGAUUUUCGGUCAACGAAAAUUAUGAUUCUUCCCAUUAUUACAACCUUCUGCAUCGACCCGCUUUACAGCGGUUUGAUCCAAGCCCCUCAAAUAGAUAUAACCAGAUUCCUUGGGAGAGGCGUCAGGACUGGCUUUUGAGGUCAUACACAAAUCAUUUUACACAUCAUGAUAAUUCAAGACAAUUAUAUGAGUGGAACAGUAUGAAGCGUCUGGAUUGCAGUAGUAGGAAGGAACAGCAUUUGUUUGACGUUGCUCUCAAAGAAGCUAAGCCACAGCUCCCACUUACUGCAGACCCUCCUGCUUCUUCACUACAAUGGGGUACAAGACAGGAGGAAAUAGAAGCUAAGAAAUUACGCGAAAUACCUAGAGGAGAUUGUUUUAUGCCUGGUGUAACCGGCCAUGUCAUCAAAAGCACAAGUAAAGACCAAAUUGAGUUUGAUUGUUUUCACAGAAAUAGAAUUUGUCAGACUCCCACUGUGGAUUUAGCUAAUAUAGGCUUUGUUAGAAUGCCCACGACUUCACACGUUACGGGCAUCAACAAAAAUACAAAUACAACCUUUGGCCAAGCGCCAGUUACAGCCAAAAUACAGCCUCGAAUUGCUUUGGAGCAGGAGCAGCCAUGUUUGAAACUUCAGCUACAGCGAGGGCAGGAGCCCCAGCAAUCGAAAGAAGUAAUAAGUAUUCCGGGACUUCCAGGUCAAUCACAUAAUGAAGCUGUAACAAAAAGGAAAUUGAGGGAAUCUCAUACUGAUCAUGAGGAAACCUGUUCGGCGGAGGAAGUAGACAGUAGCUUAAACCUUUCAUUGUUCUCGAAAUAUGAAGUAAAGGAAGGACCCAAGUUUCUGAGGAAAGAAGAAUAUCGAAAUGAGUUAAGACAAGGUUUGCAGCAGCAACCGGCAGAUGACAUUCCUGUUUUAGAUCUGACCAUGUCGCUUCGGCCAUUGGAAUGAGCACUUGGUAAGACACAAAUGAGUGAAUGUUUUUUUCUUUGUUCUUUUUUAUGCAUUCCAUAAACAUUUUGCACUUAUGUUUUCUCGUGCCAAGAUGUUUCUAUGGAUGGCUAACCGAAUAGCUUAUAUCCUUGGUAAAAUCAUGAUCGCAUAGGUAUAUAGUCAGACAAGCAGUGUUCUCUGCAGAAACUGCUCGUGUUACUAUAUGACUUAAGAUUGAUUUUACUAUUCUAAAUUUCAUUUUGAAAGCAAUGUAUUUGUAUAAACUUGAGGAUUCAAGCCAUAUUAUAUAGAAAUAGGACAACUUUGAUAGACCAUUUCCAUGCAUUUUGUUCAGCUCCAAAAAAUGGGAUUUCAUCUAUCUUACAAGUAUUGCCAGAAACUCUUGGUGAUAUAAAUCUGUAAUGUUACGAAGUAUUAUUUCUGCUUGGCACAGACGUUAUUUUAAACAUA